AUGGCCAUGGUAAACCCGUGUCUAAGUGAUCAUUCGAAUGGGACACAGGAGUACGAUGUUGAGAGCAUUCGGAGGUCUGAAUACCCUCUCCUACAAGGACCGGACGUGUAUCUCGACCAUACCGGAACCACGCUAUUUCCCAAGUCAGCCCUUGACGACUUCGUCCAAGAUGUGACGUCUAACCUCUAUGGAAACCCACACUCAGAGUCCAAGUCCUCUCGUCGAUCGACGACAAAGAUAGAAGAUAUUCGCAAGGAGGCUUUGCAGUUCUUCAAUGCCGACCCCAAAGAUUUCGAUCUCGUCUUUGUUCAAAAUGCGACGGCCGCGAUAAAGCUGGUCGUGGAGAUUUUGCAGUCGGACUCGGGUGCCCGUGGAGGCUUUUGGUAUGGGUACCAUGCAGACUCUCACACCAGUCUAGUUGGAGUACGAGAGGUAGCAGGUGCCGGCUUCUCCUACUUUGCAAGCGAUGCCGAGGUAGAGGAUUGGAUCACUACAGGAAACGUAAGCCGCGGCCAAUCAAGCGUGGUCCAAGGAAGUAGGCUCUUCGCCUAUCCGGCUGCGUUAGCGGCAACUUCAGAACUCGAUCUUUCCAAUGUGGAUGAGGCGCCCGAUUUUGUCGCCCUCAGCUUUUACAAGAUUUUUGGCUUCCCAGAUCUUGGGGCUCUUCUUGUUCGGCGCGCGCUAUCUCCUAUGCUGCAAAGGAGGAAGUACUUUGGUGGUGGAACUGUUGAAAUGGUAGUGAACGACGUCGUUUGGCAAUCCACAAAUGCUGGUGAGCCUCACGAGUACCUGGAAGAUGGUACACUACCUUUCCAUAACAUCAUUGCUCUUGGCCACGCGCUUAACACGCAUAGACGGCUAUACACAUCUCAGAAGUUGGUAUCUCGUCACACAGCACGGCUUGCCAGAUACAUGUAUGAUGAGAUGUCAGCGCUACAACACUGGGACGGCAGUCCAAUUUGCGUCAUUUACAAGGAACCUGACGUCGAGUACGGUAAUACCACGAGUGCGGGAUCAACAAUUGCUUUCAACCUCCGAUAUAUCGAUGGAACAUGGGUUAACCUGUCUGACGUGGAACUGAAGGCUAACAAGUACAGCAUUCACCUCCGCACAGGCGGUGUGUGUAACCCAGGCGGCAUCGCCGGCUCUCUGAAGCUCUCCUCAUGGGAGCUGAUGCGGAAUUAUGUUGCAGGAGUCGAGUGCGGACAUGGACCAGCCAUUCUCGGCGGAAAGCCUUCCGGGAUUGUGAGGGCGCUCGUGCCUGGAGAACCCCGCAGAGUCCCCGUGGCCCAUGUGUCCUCGCGGACUUACAUGGGAUAG